AUGUUUGCAGACACCACCGAGGAAGAGACGCCGCGGGCGGAACAACCCGCAUUCUCAAGACAGUCCUCUGCGGGACGGUUCUCCAGUCGGCCAGUGCCCGAGAUGACGGUGACGGCGGCUGAAGAGUUCGAGCCGAAUAAUCUAGGCGACGUCCACAUGAACAUGGCGGAGCUUGUGGGACGCUAUAGAUUAGAUUCGAGACCCGACGCAGACGGGCCCGGCUCGCCCUACUCGACGCAAGGCAUCUCGCUCUCGUUCAACGAUUUGCCAUCGCGGGCGCAGCAUGUCAUCCUCAAUGAGCUGAUGCGACAAAACAGCGAAGAUACAGCCGUCAUGUUCACCACGUUGCCCGUGCCCACGGAGGGGACUUGCCAGGAUGAGCUGGCGAGCGUGCAGUAUCUAUCGGACGUUGAAGUCCUCUGCCACGAGCUCCCUCCCGUCAUGUUGGUCCUGAGUAAUAACAUGACUGUCACGGUUGGGCUAUAG